CGCCGAUUUUCUGCGCAUUACGGUAACGAGCCGCCAGCCAUUCGAGAUGCUGUGGUUGGGCUCGUAGCGGAUACGCCGGAUUUGCGAGCCUCUUGGCAGCUUGUCAGACGACCCAGCCGGCUGUAGUGGAGGGGACGUGACACUGCGAAUGGAAAAUGGACUGUAUUCCGGCAACUCUUGAGGAUCUUGAGAGCAAAAAGGAUCCACUUAUUGAGGACCCCGAGCACAAUGUGUACACCAGGUUCAUGAAGUCCCAUCGCUGUUAUGACCUCGUACCUACUAGCUCCAAAUUGGUUGUUUUUGACACGUCCCUCCAGGUCAAGAAGGCAUUUUUUGCUCUAGUUUCCAAUGGGGUGAGAGCGGCUCCCCUUUGGGACAGUAACAAGCAGUGCUUUGUCGGCAUGCUAACCAUCACAGACUUCAUUAACAUCCUUCAUCGAUAUUAUAAGUCUCCACUGGUUCAGAUUUAUGAAUUGGAAGAGCACAAAAUAGAAACAUGGAGAGAGCUGUAUCUCCAAGACUCUUUCAAGCCCUUGGUUAGCAUAUCACCCAAUGCCAGCUUGUAUGAUGCAGUAUCUUCGCUCCUUAAGAACAAGAUCCACAGACUGCCAGUAAUCGACCCCCUGACAGGAAACACUCUCUAUAUUCUCACACACAAGCGGAUCCUCAAAUUCUUGAAGCUCUUUAUAUCUGAGAUGCCAAAACCAACCUUCUUGGGUCAAACUUUGGAGGAGCUGAACAUAGGGACAUUCCAGAACAUAGCAGUGGUGCGCACAGAUACGCCUCUGUAUACAGCGCUGGGUAUUUUUGUAGAGCAGCGAGUGUCUGCGCUCCCUGUGGUGGACGACAAAGGUCGAGUGGUGGACAUAUACUCCAAAUUUGAUGUCAUUAACCUCGCAGCGGAAAAGACCUACAACAACCUGGACUUGACUGUGACCAAAGCCUUGCAGCACCGCUCUCAGUACUUCGAAGGGGUGCUGACCUGCAAUCGCCACGAAACCCUGGAGGCCAUCAUCAACAGGCUGGUGGAGGCUGAGGUACACAGAUUGGUGGUGGUUGAUGAGCAGGACGUAGUGAAGGGUAUCGUCUCCCUGUCAGAUAUCCUCCAGGCACUUGUGCUCACCGAUCGAGAUGAGGGCACUGCGUAAGGCGAAUGGUAUCAGCACAGAGCUGAGACUGGAGCAAAGGGAGAAAAAAAGUGACACGUGAGGUCCGGUGGAGGAGGGAGAAUUCUAAUAGGAGAAUGAAUGAUUGUCAUCCCAUCUUUCCUUUUCACAUUUUUUCACCAGUGCAAAAAUACUUUCAAGUUAACCGAGUUUUAUUUCGUGAGCGAUACAACAUUAUGGUGGCACAGGAUGCAUCGUAUUUCUUGUCAGUCGAGCCAAAUUCCCUCACAUCAGGGAGCCAAGAAAGAUGCAAUAACAGCACCAGGAUGCUCAUUUUAACGUUAAUAAAUAAUAGUCAGCUACCAGCAAAAGGAGUGGGGGGGAGAAAAGUUCUUGCAAAGGAAAGAUUUCUUCUCAUUUGUGGUGAGGCGAUCAACCCAUCCGAGGACACUUAAAACAUGUUGUUUCUUGAUGUGCUGGCAUGUCAAAUGUGUGCUACAGUACUAUAUAUUUUGAUAACCAUCUAGCUUGAUUUCAUACAUCUAUCUCCCCCUCUGUUUUACAAAUACUGUACAUUAAAGUUGUGAAGUUGAAUUUGUGUCUUCACCCAAAUGUUGAAAUUGUAUGUCGUCAAUAUGAAUUGAACUGACAGGCUCAGGUUGUGAUGUGUUACGUAGGAAACUAUAAAGCUUACAAUUUGCCAGCAUAACUACUAACUGCAUCCUGGUUCCAUGGACUUACUUAAGAUGAUUAUGAGAAACACUUUGGUUGUGUUAUGUAUCACAACUUUUUAAAAAAGAUUCCACAUCUAAAUUCCAUGAUGCCAUCUUCUCUUAUCUGGUUUGUUACGUAUACUAUUUUAAAAGGGAUUUGUAUUAUUCUUGAAGGCGCCGUUAAAUGGGUGUUGUUGGAUGAGGGUCCAACACUUUGGUAGAAAUGCUCAAAGUCAUCUAUUAUUUCUCUGCUAUUUGUGGUUUGCAGACAAAAAAAACCCCACUGUGCUUUUAUUUAACUUGCAUUUACUAUACUAUGUAUAGCAUUUCUCUUCCUUCUGGGCAUAAGCAAAGAAUGAGUCACACUUCCCUGUUUUGAACAUGUAUUAAAAUGCAGGUUUUUUUUUGUUAAACUGCAGUCAAUUGUCGAGUAAAGAGCAAUAAAUGUUCUUUAAGGUUC